AUAAAAAAUAACCUAAUAAAUAUAUGUUCUGUGGAGCUGAAUCCUCAAAUCUUGAUUCAGCAAAUUUUCACAAAAAAAAAAAAAUCUUGAUUCAGCUAUGGCACUCCUCCUCUUUCGGCUGAGAAGAAGCCCUUUUCUGCUUCGCCGCUUCUGUUCGACCUUCAACUUCAACUCCAACUCCAGCAGCGUCGUCGAUGGCGGCCCCAAUUCCAACUGUACCCUUCCCCGACGAGUAGGUAUAAUGAAACCCUCAUCGGAAAAGUGGAAGCAGUUAUCUGUGAGUUUAUUGAGUUUCAGGGAUAGAUGCGCUAUUGAUGCUCGACUCUUAUCGGAGAAGAUCAAUUCCAGACAAGCUUUUAUAAAUGAGACAAUCAAGAAUCUCGAGAAUCUCUCCAACCCCAACUUGCCUCCGGAAAUCAUCUCUUGGAACUUAAACAGGUUGGAUAGGUUGGUAAAGUUGAAGGAUAUACUGGUGAUGGAAGAUGAGAUGUCAGCGGAGUUGGCCAAUUCCAGACUAACUCGUCUCCAAGAGGUAAUCAUGUCCUGUUCCGAUGAUGAUGAGGAGGAGCGGCUGCAAAACAAGUCUAUUGAAUUGUAUAAGCAUGAGCGGUGGAGUAAAUAUAUCGAACUCAAGAGGUUGAGGAGGAUGGAGUUAAGCUACAACUCCAACCCCACCUUGCUGUGUCAGACGUUGAAAGUCUUGUGUCUCAAGCUCAACACCUUCAAUAGGGUCAUGAGGUUGAAGGAGAUGGUGACCAACAACCACUCUGGACUUACUUCCUUCCUUGUUCAUGUCAUCUUCAACACCUUCUCCCAAGAGACCUCCCAGCCCCCUCCCCUUGACGAGGGCUGGCGCAACACAUGGAAUGAAUUACAUGACAAGUGGAAUGAAUUAUAUCAGACACUCAUCAGGUUGAGUUCGACGGAGGAGAUGGAGAUUCAGGUGCCCACCUCCAUCUUGUGUCAGAGGCUGAACCACUUAAAUAGGUUGAUGAGGUUGAAGGACAUGCUGGUGAAGGAAGAUGAAUUGUCAGCAGUGUUGACCAACUCCAGACUAACUUCUCUCCAAGAAAUCAUCAACAACUUCUCCCAGGUUGAUGAUGAGGGGCCCCUAAACAAGUGGAAUGAAUUAAAUCAGAGACUCGCUUGGUUGCACUCUAUGGAGGCCCAAGAUUCUCAUUUGCUAGCCAUGAGGUCCAACAGUGAGCUAGCUUCCUUGGAGGGUUAUAGAAUGAGGAAACAGCCGCGGCCCCCGUCCCAGAAUUUCGGAAUUGUGGGCAACUGCUGGAUCAAGCCACCAUUGCAGUUGAUGCAAACUGCAUGUGCUCCUCUCCCAGAGCAUCACAAACCUCUCUGAGUUUUGCUGCCUGCGGAUUCCCUAAUAUUUUUAUAAGUUGAACUACCCAAAUCUGAGUAGAAUUUCAUUCUUUAUCAUCUUAUGAAUAGGGGCAAGUUUAGUUUAAUGCUUUGAUGUUUAUUGCCUUUUGUGCCCUCCCUGAAUGUUGAGUGGCUGCAUCUUGUUUUCUCUCUAUCUAUUUAUUUUGACUACUAUUUUGCCUAUCAUUUUCCUUCUGUCUAUGUGUGCCCUUUCUUUCUUCUCAUUUCGUCUUCAUAUGAUAAUUAUGCACUUGUACAAUAGAAGAUAAAUAGGACCACUUAAUCAACUAGUUGAAUGAAAUUGCAUUGUCCUUGCACAAGUCAUCAGCAUUCCAAGAGCACACUACCGUACCUUCUAUAGUUGUAGUUCAUAUCUUAAACCAUGCAUUUUCACAAUCAUUUUCCUUACUGGUUGGUGUGCUAGAAAUUCUAAAUUGAUUCCACAUGUUUAAGAUUUACACAGACUUGGUACUUUGUUUAGAUGAUGAACAUAUUAUUUAGAUGACUUAUUCACUGGCCCGGACCGGACACCAAGUAUCUUUCAGUAUUAAUCACCUCCUCCUAAAAGACAUGUUUAGCAAAACUCUCGAGAAGACAUUCAAAAUGAGAUAGUGAUCUUGCUGAGUCUUCAUUUUUAUAGGAAACAUUUCUUUACCGUUUGUAUGACAUGUGAUGUGAUUAAUAUUUUGUGGAUUGAUUGUGUUUCAUGAUCCCUGAAAUUAAACAUGUAGUUUUCAUAUGUGUCAAUCGAAGUUAUUGUUUACUUCAAGUAUUCUGGAUGAUUAUUAGUUAAGGUCCCUUCCAUAAGAGUAAUUGCUGAAAUCUAGGCUUUCAUGGUAGCACAAGAAAUCUUGGCCUAUUAAUCUCAAUGUUUUUCAAACUUUGUCAAGUAUAGUUGAGCUCCGCCGCCUCCAGAGGCAAUUCCCGGCGAAGUUUCUGGCAAACCUCCGUGAAAACCUAGAUGCUUGACCACAAGUGGGGAAUGGAGAAAGGUCUCGGCUUAUGCCCUGGUGCUAGUCGUGCUGAUCCAGAUUCUGGUGAUGCCCUCUCUUCCCGUCUCAUCUCAUGCAAUCCACAUCAACCCAAUUUUCCAGAUCCAGAUAAAGUCGUGUGGGAAUGGGUUCUAGGUGCUCCUAAGGGAACAUGGGUUUGUUUCAAUGGGAGUGCGUUCUGAUGGAUCUUAUGGUAUCCAACAUGGUCUCAUUUACUAUUUUCCAGUUACAUGUGAGAAAGGCGUAUGGAAUAUUGUACCAGGGGCCUCCAAUGAUGGAUGAUUCCAAGGAAGAGGAACCGAGGAGUGAAAAGGAAAGUGAAGUAAUAGCUGAAACAAAUGAGAAGUUAUCAUUAAUAUUGGAUUUGGGGGAAGGUGGUGGUGGUGAGUUUGGUUGAUGGUGGAUAUGAUGGUAGUUUGGCUGAAAGGGAUAGGUCUAUGUUCUUGUUUGCUGGGUUGUUCUUGGUUGGCUGAGUUUCCAUAUAAAGAUGAUGAAGAUUCUUAAUUGAGUUUUUUAAUUUUUUUAAAAAACCAUGAAUUGUUCUUGGUUGUUUACUUUGUAUGAUGAAGAUUCUUACUCAUAAACAAGUUUUUUGCUUUAUUUUGUGACCCAUGUAUAUGUAAUCUUUGUAUUGAUGACAUUAGGCACAGUGAUUUUUAACCCGAUCAAAUUUCAAAUAUCUAAUGAAGAUGAUGUAUGAAGAUGAAGGUACAUACGUGUUGUGCACUUCAUCUAUGGUUCCUCUUGCA